AUGGAGGACGAUUUACCGACCGAAUUUGAUUUAAUAGUCAUAGGAACGGGCCUGGCGGAAUCUAUCAUAGCAGCGGCCGCGAGUCGUGUUGGAAAAACGGUUCUGCAUUUGGACACCAAUGACUAUUACGGUGGCUAUUGGGCAUCGUUCAACUUGGAAACCUUCCGCAAGUGUGUUCAGCCUGCUAGUCCUACGGAUUCUGCGCCAGAAGAAGCGAUCAACAAUAAUUUUCUUCGAUUGAAUUCAUUACCUACGGCUGUUCAAAAUGGGCGAGAAAGAUGGUAUAACUUUGCCGAAAAGGGUGAUGUGGACGGUUGGAACCGAGAAAAAAUCGAGCGGGAGUAUCGCCGUUUUAAUAUUGAUCUUGCUCCAAAGUUGCUUUAUGCGCGUGGUGCAAUGGUGGAUCUUCUGAUCUCUUCAAAUAUUUGUCGAUACACCGAAUUCCGAGCAUUAGAUAGAGUGGCCACCGUCUGGGACGGACGCAUAAUGACGGUGCCAUGUUCCAGAUCAGACGUUUUUACUAGUAAAGAAGUAAACGUCGUUGAAAAACGGUUGCUGAUGAAGUUUCUGCAGAGUUGUGCUACGUACGAAGAAGAUGCAGAAGCGAAGGACGAGCUGGAAGGUGAAACGUUUUUAGAACAUUUGCAGAAGCACAAAUUAACACCGAACCUCGUCCACUAUGUGCUAUGCGCAAUAGCAAUGGGUAAUGAACGCACACCAUGCCGUGACGGGGUGGCUGCUGUUAAAAAAUUUCUCAUGAGUCUCGGCCACUAUGGAAACAGCCCUUUUCUAUUUCCCGUAUACGGCUGUGGAGAGAUACCCCAAUGUUUCUGCCGACUGUGUGCCGUUUUUGGAGGAAUUUACUGUCUAAACAAAGCAAUAGACGGUAUUCAACUAGAAACUAGCAACGAAGGACUGAAAUACGAAUCUGUGAAAUGUGGUAAACAGAACAUCACGUCCAAAAAUUUGGUCGUGGGACAAGGUUACCUAUCGCGAGCGAUAUUCAACACAAGCAUUCCUCCGGAAUGUAGAAAACCAAAGCCGUGUGGGAAUUUGGCACGGGGAGUGAUACUCACAAAUGUGCCUUUCGGUGGUGCAUCUCAGAAUCCUGGAGGUGGUGGUGUGGCGAUUAUUAAGCUUCCGGCUGUAAGCAACCGCCCGGACGGUGCUACCGUACUGCAAAUGUCACAUUCCAGUGGAACCUGUCCUAAAGAAAUUUAUCUUAUUCAUGUGACUACAACAGCUGUAUCCCAAUAUCCAGAUGAGGAUCUGAAACCGUAUAUUGCACAAAUCCUCAGCAACGACUACCAGGGAGCGUCAGAAACAGUAGAAGAAAGUGAAGAACCAAAAGAUGAAGUGCAACAUGAAAAUUCUAUUUCAACCAUACUGUAUGAAGCAUACUUUAACAUUCCCAGUUGCCUUGUAUGCGUUGAAAGUGCACAUGUAUCCCUGCCGGCGGGUAUUCGUCUAGUGUGUGGACCCUAUCACGAACUCGACUACGACCAAAGCAUUCAGCAAGCGAAAGCAAUGUUCAGUGAAAUUUAUCCCGACGAAGAUUUCCUUCCACGUGCUCCGGAUCCUGAAGAGAUUAUCAUUGGUGAGGAGGAACCAGUGCCGGAACAAGCAGAUUCUUCAGCAGAUAAUAAUGAACCCGUUGACAAUGCUAGCGAAUGUCGUGAAACGGAAUCAGAGGCAACAGUAGCCCAGGAAGCGAAGGAAGAUACGAUCGAUAAAGCGGAAGAGUGCAUUGAACAAAAACAAUAG